AUGUUGCUCUCUACUCUCAUCACUCUUCCCGUCCUCGCGUCCACUGUGGUCGCGCUCGGCUCGAACUACACUGUUCCUCCAGACUUCAAUGCCGGAGCUGUUUCUCCCGAGGAGAAGGACAGCUGGUGUCAAGGUGAAGCCAACACCUGUAGCGCCGUCUGUGGUUCCUACAAGGUCAACAGAUGCGACCCGGACACUCUUGAGUUCUCCUGCGAGUGCCAGAACGGCACCGUGCCCCAGAUUGACCAAUACGUCAACUCUCUCCCUUGGUUCAUCUGCCAGGCCACCUUCGGCCAGUGCAUCAAGGCUCACCCCGACGACGCUGAUGGCCAGCAGGUCUGCAAGGACAACCAGGAGAAGUGCGGCAAGCUGAAGGCACCCUCUUCUGGCGGUGACGACUCUCAGACUACCUCAUCGUCCAGCAGCGAGCCCACCGCCUCCUCCACCGAAAGCACCCCAUCCGCUACCAACACUGGAUCUGCUCCCUCCCACACUAAUGCUGCUGCUAUCAUGGCCGUUAAGGACUACUCCCUCGGCAUUUUCGCCACGGUAGUUUUGGGCGUCUUUGGUCUCCUACUCUAG